AUGGACUCCUCGCAACACCCUCGGCCUUCACUGGACAAGCUGCCAACCGAGCUUCUUCAUCUCAUCUUCCUUGAGGUCUUCCCUGACGACAUCGGAGCCCUACAGCAUGUUUGUCGUCUAUUCACCCUGAUUGGCUCCGGAUACCCUACGAGAGAGAUGUAUGCAGAUUCCACGUUCAUGGCACGUUUGGUUUGCUAG